UUUUUUUUAGAGCAGGGUUAACUGUUUUUUGGCAGAUUGGUUUCUGGGGGACUCUAUAGAAGGCCUUGCGGGAUUUCUUUCUUUGAGGGGGGGCGGUGGUCCCGACUUGGCCAGCCGCCUGCUGGAGGGGGGCAGCGGGGAGCGAGGGGAUGCGAACCCGGCUCCCCCCACCAUGAUGAAGACGGAGCCUCGGGGGCCCGGGGGUCCCCUCCGGAGCGCCUCCCCGCACCGCAGCGCUUACGAAGCGGGCAUCCAGGCAUUGAAACCUCCCGAUGCGCCCGGGCCCGAUGAGACACCCAAGGCGGCCCACCAUAAGAAAUAUGGCUCCAACGUCCACCGCAUCAAAAGUAUGUUCCUGCAGAUGGGCACCACCGCGGGGCCGCCAGGGGAGGCGGGAGGCGGCGCGGGCAUGGCCGAGGCCCCGCGGGCGUCCGAGCGCGGCGGCGUGCGCCUGUCCCUGCCGCGGGCCAGCAGCCUGAACGAGAACGUGGACCACAGCGCCUUGCUCAAACUGGGCACCAGCGUGUCUGAGCGCGUGAGCCGCUUCGACUCCAAGCCCGCGCCCUCGGCGCAGCCGGCUCCGCCACCGCACCCGCCGUCCCGGCUGCAGGAGACGCGGAAGCUGUUCGAACGGAGCGUCCCCGCGGCCUCGGGUGGCGACAAGGAGGCCGCGGCCCGGCGGCUGCUGCGGCAGGAGCGCGCCGGCCUGCAGGACCGGAAGCUGGACGUCGUGGUGCGCUUCAACGGCAGCACCGAGGCGCUGGACAAGCUGGAUGCUGACGCCGUGUCGCCGACGGUCAGCCAGCUCAGUGCGGUCUUUGAGAAAGCCGACUCGAGGACCGGCCUUCACCGUGCGCCCGGGCCCCCCCGGGCCGCGGGGGCGCCCCAGGUCAACUCGAAGCUGGUCAGUAAGCGGUCCCGGGUGUUUCAGCCGCCGCCGCCGCCUCCCGCCCCGUCGGGGGAUGCCGCGACCGAGAAGGAGCGUGGCCCUGGAGGGCAGCAGCCCCCACAGCACCGAGUGGCCCCUGCGCGACCGCCGCCAAAGCCUCGGGAGGUGCGCAAGAUCAAGCCGGUGGAGGUUGAGGAAAGUGGGGAGUCUGAGGCCGAGUCGGCUCCCGGGGAAGUGAUCCAGGCUGAGGUGACCGUCCAUGCAGCCUUGGAGAAUGGCAGCACCUCGGCCACCACAGCCAGCCCCGCACCCGAGGAGCCCAAGGCCGAAGCGGUCCCCGAAGAGGAAGCAGCGUCUGUGGUGACGCCGGAGAGGGGGGUGGACAAUGGCCGGGCUCCGGACAUGGCCCCUGAGGAGGUGGAUGAGUCCAAGAAGGAGGACUUCUCGGAAGCGGACUUGGUGGAUGUGAGCGCCUACAGUGGACUCGGGGAGGACUCUGGGGGCAGUGCCCUGGAGGAGGACGAUGAAGAAGAUGAUGAGGAGGAUGGGGAGCCCCCCUACGAGCCGGAGUCAGGGUGUGUAGAGAUUCCCGGUCUCUCAGAGGAAGAGGAUCCGGCCCCGAGUCGGAAGAUCCAUUUCAGCACCGCACCGAUCCAAGUAUUCAGCACCUACUCCAAUGAGGACUAUGACCGACGCAAUGAAGAUGUGGAUCCCAUGGCAGCCUCUGCAGAGUAUGAGUUAGAGAAGCGUGUGGAGAGAUUGGAGCUGUUUCCUGUGGAGCUGGAGAAGGACUCUGAGGGCCUGGGCAUCAGCAUCAUUGGCAUGGGGGCCGGAGCUGACAUGGGCCUGGAGAAGCUGGGCAUCUUCGUCAAGACUGUGACCGAGGGUGGCGCAGCCCAUCGGGAUGGCAGGAUUCAAGUAAAUGAUCUACUGGUGGAGGUGGAUGGAACAAGCCUGGUAGGAGUGACGCAGAGCUUCGCAGCAUCUGUCCUCAGGAAUACCAAGGGCCGAGUGCGGUUCAUGAUUGGUCGGGAGCGGCCUGGAGAACAGAGUGAAGUGGCCCAGCUAAUUCAGCAGACCUUGGAGCAGGAGAGAUGGCAGCGGGAGAUGAUGGAGCAGAGAUACGCCCAGUAUGGAGAGGAUGAUGAGGAGACAGGAGAGUAUGCCACCGAUGAGGAUGAAGAACUGAGCCCCACGUUCCCAGGGGGCGAGAUGGCCAUCGAAGUGUUCGAACUAGCAGAGAAUGAAGAUGCACUGUCCCCCGUGGAGAUGGAGCCAGAGAAGCUGGUGCACAAGUUCAAGGAGCUCCAGAUCAAGCAUGCUGUCACUGAAGCGGAAAUCCAGCAGCUGAAACGGAAGUUGCAGAGUCUGGAGCAGGAGAAAGGGCGCUGGCGGGCGGAGAAGGCCCAGCUGGAGCAGAGUGUGGAGGAGAAUAAGGAACGAAUGGAGAAGCUGGAGGGCUACUGGGGUGAAGCCCAGAGCCUGUGCCAGGCUGUGGAUGAACACCUGCGGGAGACCCAGGCCCAGUAUCAGGCCCUGGAACGCAAGUACAGCAAGGCCAAACGUCUCAUCAAGGACUACCAGCAAAAGGAGAUCGAGUUCCUGAAAAAAGAGACUGCACAGCGUCGGGUACUGGAAGAGUCAGAGCUAGCUAGGAAGGAGGAAAUGGACAAGCUUCUGGACAAGAUCUCAGAACUGGAAGGAAACCUGCAGACCCUGAGGAAUUCCAAUUCUACUCUUCAGCACCCAGGUUGGCUGCUCCGCGGAUGCUUGUUGAAUAAAAGAUCGAGAGAAUUAGGAGCCCUACAGACCCUGCAAAGGGGGCGGAAAGCCCCGUGCGUCCCCAAGCGGGACCGCCCCCCUGGUCGGUUCCCUGACACUCGCCGGCUCCCAGCGCGCAGACUCCCUAGCGCCGCGUCUCUGGCGGUCCGAGAAGUAGCGGCGCAAUUGGGAUCCCCGGCCCCGGCGCGGGCACCCGCCGCCUCCUCCCCUCGGUCCUUGUGGCCUCCGCCCCACUCGCCCGCCUCCUCCUCCCCUCCCGCUCUUUGUCUCCCGGGCGACCGGCAUCCCCACAAGCGCCCCCCAUAUUGCCUUAUCCCGGACGACCCCACGGACCUAGCCUCCGCGACGCUGCACAAAUCGGCCGGUGGCGCGAGGGUCCAAGAUAUCGGCGGGGGCGGGGCAGGAGGGACCCUCCCCUCCAAUCCCCCAACAACACUCUGGGAUGGAGCGACUGGAGCCAGCCCGGAGCCCCCCGCGGCCAGGGUGAAAGUCCUCCGCCCCUCUCCCGCCCCAUACUCCGAGCAACAUGGGCCUGAGGGGUUCCUGGGGCGCUGGACGCUGGAAAUGACGGAUGCUGGAGUGAGUGGUCUUGCUGGUGAUGCCAGCUUCCUGCUGCACAAUUCAGAAAAGCAAGUGAUGAGGGCCCCAGUGAUGGAGGAAGAAGAGCUGGAUGGGAUGAUGGUCAUGGCUUCCUCGAAGCUCCGAGAACCUGUGGAUGAAGUUUUUGACCUGGACUUGGCUGUACCAGAGACCACCAGACUGGACAGUAGCUUACAUAAAGCCCGGGCCCAGCUACUGGCCAAGGGCCGGAGACACCGGCCUUCGCGCUCCAGGCUACGUGACAGUGCCAGCUCUGCUGAGGAUGGUGAAGGCUCUGAUGGGCCCGGAGGCAAGGUGACCGAUGGCUGCGGUAGCCCGCUGCACCGGCUACGCUCGCCUCUGCACUCGGGCCCAGGUUCCCCCGCCGGUGGCUCUUUCUGCCUGGAGCCCCCCGGCUUGCGGCGCAGUCUGGAUGAGGACGAGCCCCCGCCCUCGCCCCUUGCCCGCUACCGGCCCCUGCACAACGCCGCCUCGCACGAGGGCCUGGCCGCCACCUCUGGCUCGCCUACGCGCUCCGCACCCUCCUCGGACAGCUCGCCCAGCUUCGUGCGCCGCUACCCCGGAGUAGAGCUUCACAGCGAAGAUGACAGCCGGGAUGCCAGCCCCCCUGAGCCUGCCAGCCCCACCAUCGGCUUGGAUAAGAAGACCCGCAGAAAAUUCCUGGACCUAGGGGUCACUCUCCGCCGAGCGUCCACUGGCAAGAGCCGGAAGGAGAAGGGUAGCAACCGCCUGUCCAUGGGCAGCAGGGAGUCCGUAGAAGGUUCUGGAAGGACUGGGAGCUCCCCGUUCCUGCCCUUUUCCUGGUUCACAGACAGCGGCAAAGGCUCUGCUUCCUCAGGGAGCACCACCUCCCCGACCUGUUCACCCAAACACGAGAGCUUCAGCCCCAAGAAGUCAGCUUCCCAGGAAUCCACCCUGAGUGAUGACUCCACCCCUCCCAGCAGCAGCCCCAAGAUCCCCAGUGGUCCUCGACAGGAGACCAAGUGCUCCUAUCCCUACCACACAUUGUCCCAGUCUUCGGAUGAGUUCCUGGAUGAGUCUCUUCCUACCAUACAACACUGGACCAGCCAGCAGGUGGGCCAGUGGCUGUGCAGCCUCAACCUGGAACAAUAUGCUGCCGAGUUUGCUGCCCGACAGGUGGAUGGGCCGCAGCUCCUGCAGCUGGAUGGAAGCAAACUGAAGAGCCUGGGGCUUAGCAACUCGCAUGACCGGGCACUGGUGAAGCGGAAGUUGAAGGAGCUGGCAGCUGCUGCUGAGAAGGAACGGAAGGCACAGGAGAAGACUGCAAGGCAGCAGGAGAAGCUCCGGCGCCGAGAGCAUGAGGCUAAGAAGAGCUAGGGAUGGCUGGCGGGGCGGGCACCCCGGAGCACUUGCAGCCACCUUCGCGGGCCUCACCAGAGAAGUAGGGUCUAGGCACCAGCUUGUUGGGGCACAUGACUCCCUCUCACCCUGUCUGGACCGAAUCCUCUGGAGGGAUAUCCCUCGGAGAGGGCCCAGUAAUAAACCCGAUUUUGAGGA